GAAUAGCACGACCCUCCACCAAAUAUAAAGGCAUUACUCCACCGGCGCCCGACAGGGACGCCGCGCCGCUUCUACUCCGUGACAGACAACCGUACAUAGUUCCUUCUUCAGCUCGCCAUCGCGGCGGUCAGCUCGCCACUCGCCGAUCGUUCCGUUUCGGAGGAACCGCUGUCGAAGAGGAGGAAGUGCCUCGAAGGGAGUGAGGGAGUGGCAACGAUGGUCUCCUCACGAUAUCAUCACUAUGACAUCUUCAGGCGCGGCACAAUGGUGUGUGAAACCCCUCGCCUUCGGUCCCUUCUGGUGAGCCGGAGGGGCGGCUUCCUCGAGGACCCCUUCUUCAGGGACGCCUGGGGAGACUACAACAACGCCGUCAGGAGGAUCGUGGAUAGAUUCAACCAUGGAAUGUUCGCACCUCGAGACCGCUUGCGGGACUCCCACUACCAUUCUAUGUACCGCACCUUGCGAUCUGCUCGCAUUAACUACGCCGCGCAGUCUGCCAGGUUUAAGGACGAGGGAGACCUCUAUAAGGUGAGUGCUGUGUUUCGCUUCUUGCAGUCAGAGUUAGAGGCCUAA